AUGCAUUAUACGUUGAUGAUGAUGAUGUUCGGGUGUUUAGUGGCGCAGACGUUCACGAGGCCGGCGACGAUGGAAGACGCCGGCGACAGUGAGUUUAACAGCGAAGGGGAUGAGGCGGAAUACGCCGGCGAGAAUGAUGGCUCGGAGGCCGACGACUCCGUGCAAGAUGAGGAGGAGUCUCGCUUGAGUGAACAGGACUCUGCCCCGGAUGAUCAAGAAGAAGAACCAAGGCAAAACCAGCAUUUUCGAGAACCUAACGGAAACGCGUAUUCGCAGAAAUCAUCUGGAGACGAGGAUCAGACCACCGGAGACACAGGAGAUAGUUUCGCAGGCUUGAAGUCUAACAAAAACAGCGAUUCUGACGAGGAACCAGUCGAAGAAUCCAAUUCCAACAACGAAUACCAAACACCUACAAAACUACGGGAAUCUGGAAAAUUCAUUGAGAAAGGCGAAAUCAACGAUCAGCCAGAUGCUCUGCAACACUUAUUGAACCGCGACGACAAUAACGUUAAAUCGCUGCGCAAUGACAAGAACGCAAUCAACAAACGAACACCUAUUUCUCGAAACGUAGCCAACGAAGAAGAUUUGCUUUUUGAAAGCAAUGAUGGUAAUCGCGAUCAACGUGAAAAAACCGAUAAAGGAGAGUACAACAAUGAAUCUUCAGAUGCUAGUGAACAAUCACAAUACUCCAAGAAGCUGUAUAACACAAUGCAAGAAGGAGUACCUGAUGAAAAAAGAUACGACAACCACUAUAAUUUGAACAGAGAUAGGCGGGCUAUACAAGAUACGAAUGAUACUAUUUCUAAUUUAAAUAGCAACAAUGCACAACUGGAAACUGACGACGAAGAAGCAGCUAUUAAAAGACACGUAAAGAAGUUAUCCGGUGAAGAAUUGGACGAACUUCUCAAUUCUCUUACAGAAGACAAACGAGAGCUUUUAAAAAAGAUUAUGGAGAAUGAUGCUGGUAGCGACAAUGAAAUCAAUAAACGAGAAAUAACUAAAAAGGCGAGUGCUGCCCCAGAUGAAAAUGGCUACUUAGAAAGUGGGCAAUCGGAUACCAGUAAACUGCAAGAAGGCAGUCCAGGUAGUGAUUCUAAUGCUCCGGCGCAAAGUUCGACAGAACAUAGCAAGCUACCAAAUCCGCAAUCAGAUAUUAAUGUUUUGCCAGUAACUAAAACAUUGGAAGUCAGCAAUAGCUCAUCUUCAACUAUAAUAAAUACCGACAACAAAGCAGAGUUCAUCACCCGUGACCCCGACUCAAACUCGGGAAAAUCUGAGAGUGGCGUAAACACCAUAGCUCCUGUAUUAGAUUCCAAUAAUCAAGCCAAAGUCAACUCAAAUCCACAAGAAUCUACAAAAACUGAAACAAAACGAGAAACUAAUAUGAAAGACUUAUCAAAUUUUGAGACCCCUUACGAAGACACCAAACCAUAUGAAGGUAAUUUUAAGGAUUCGCAGGAUUUUGCUCGUGAUUCAGGAUAUUUUUACUCUCAGGAUGAAGACCUAUCUCGAAUAAUGGAUGAUGAAUCACAAAUUAAUAAUAAUAUCAACAAGAGAGAGGUUUUAAAUGAUAAAGAUGCCGAUUUUUCUGAUUCGAUGAAAUCCUUGGAGGACUCAUUUCCUAAUUCUAAUUCAUAUGAUGACGAUGAUCCAUAUUCUGGAUCCGAUAUGGCGCCAUUGGUAAGAGUGAAAAGAAAGAAUUUAGACAUGAAUGUGAAAAAACGGGCUGCAGGUAUUUUGCCAGAUGCUAAGGUGGCGUACUUCCCCUAUAAAGCGGAAAACGAUGACGAAGAUAACGAUGAGGGUAAUGAAUUUGAUGAUGACGGAUUUUAUGAUCGUACGGCUAAUUUAGCGAAAAGUAACAUCAAAGAGAUGCCAUCAGAAGAAGAAACUUCGGAUAAUUUAGAAGGGUCCGCACAACAAACAAGCACUAAUAAUAAGAAUUGCCCAUUAAACUUGAUCAAUCGUUCGAAAUUAGCAUCGAAUAAUAAAAUGGAGAGUGAUACAAUGAGCCUUGGCUCGGAUACUGAUAGCGUUUUGUCUGGUGUAGAAGGAGUGGACGACAACUUAAUGUUCAAUAGUGGGACUCGAAACAGACGUACAGCAGAAGCGUCAGUAAAUAAUCAAGCCGCUGAAAACACAGAGGUAAAACUUAACCGUCCCAUGCGCUCUACACCGCUGAUGGAAGACAAGUUAAAAUCAGCUUCUGAAACUUACAUAAAUGUACCAAACUAUCAUGAGAACGAUGCCUUUGGGCCUCUUCCACGAAGUUACGAAGGCGAACUAGGCCGUUAUAAACGAAUAAGGCGCGUUAAACAACCCUCCUCUUCAAAGGAUAUGGCUUCCUCUAGUGCCUAAAUGGGAGCAGGUUAUUUUUAUUUUAUAAUUCUAAGUAUUUUUU